CAUUCUGACUUCACUGACUGUGACAUCCAGUCAUCUCCUGUCGUUGAAAUCAAGUCGAUCAAUGACGUCUGGGAUAGCCAAGACUAACGGUCGCAGUGCAUUCUGGAUAAUAACAUGUGCUUCCUUUUCAGUCCGCCAUCAGUGAAAAAAGGUUGAAACUCCAAUUCGAAGAGUUCACUAUAAACUAUCACCAUGCAGAACGAAGCAGGAGAAUUUGUUGACAUGUAUAUCCCGCGAAAAUGUUCUGCCAGUAACCAAAUUAUUCAUGCUAAUGAUUAUUCCUCAAUCCAGUUGGCUGUUGCAGAGGUUGAUGAAACUACCGGUAGAAUGACAGGAGUACAUAAACUGUAUGCCAUUUGUGGUAAAAUUAGAUUUAUGGGAGAAGCUGAUGAUUGUAUCAACAGAUUAUGUAAAAAGGACAAAAUUAUUUCACCUUCAUUUUAAGAAGAAUGUGAUUUAAAAAUAAAAAAAAUGUAAAAACUA